AAAAAUUUUCGUUUUUUCCAUCGUUUGGAGAGUUUAUUUUUUUUUGUUGUGCCAAGUUUUUGUUUUGGUUAAAUUUGUGUUGAAUUUUGUUGCAAAUCGAAGCCGGAGCUACAACACACAGGCAAGGGCACGUGGCUAGUUACGAUAGCCGAAAAGAUGUUUAGUCCCGAAUAUGAGAAACGCAUCCUCAAGCACUGCAGUCCCGUGGCCAGAAAUCUGUUCGACAAUCUCGAGUCGUCCACCACGCCCACAUCACUCGAUCGCUUUAUACCCUGCAGAGCCAACAACAACUGGCAGACGAACUUCGCGUCGAUCAACAAGUCAAAUGACAACUCGCCGCAGACGAGCAAGAAGCAGCGGGACUGCGGGGAAACGGCACGCGAUAGUCUGGCCUACUCCUGCCUCCUGAAGAACGAGCUCCUGGGAUCGGCGAUCGACGACGUGAAGACCGCCGGCGAGGAGCGGAACGAGAAUGCCUACACGCCGGCCGCCAAGCGGAGUCUCUUCAAGUACCAGUCACCCACCAAGCAGGACUACAAUGGCGAGUGCCCGUACUCGUUGUCACCGGUCAGCGCCAAAAGUCAGAAGCUGUUGCGAUCGCCGCGCAAGGCCACACGCAAGAUCUCGCGCAUACCCUUCAAGGUCCUGGACGCUCCGGAGCUGCAGGACGACUUCUAUCUGAACCUGGUCGACUGGUCGUCGCAGAAUGUGCUGGCUGUGGGCCUGGGCAGCUGUGUCUACCUCUGGAGCGCUUGCACCAGUCAGGUUACCCGCCUGUGUGAUCUCAGUCCGGACGCGAACACGGUGACCUCGGUGUCGUGGAACGAGCGUGGCAACACCGUGGCCGUGGGCACGCAUCACGGCUACGUGACCGUCUGGGAUGUGGCGGCCAACAAGCAGAUCAACAAGCUGAAUGGCCAUUCGGCGCGCGUGGGUGCGCUGGCCUGGAACAGUGACAUCCUGUCGAGCGGGUCGCGCGAUCGCUGGAUUAUCCAGCGGGACACGAGGACACCGCAACUGCAGUCGGAACGGCGCUUGGCCGGCCAUCGGCAGGAGGUGUGCGGCCUGAAGUGGUCGCCGGACAAUCAGUACUUGGCCAGCGGCGGCAACGACAAUCGGCUGUAUGUGUGGAACCAGCACUCGGUGAAUCCCGUGCAAUCGUACACGGAGCAUAUGGCGGCGGUGAAGGCGAUCGCCUGGUCACCGCACCACCACGGACUCUUGGCCAGCGGCGGCGGAACGGCGGACAGGUGCAUCCGAUUCUGGAACACGCUGACGGGCCAGCCCAUGCAGUGCGUGGACACGGGGUCGCAGGUGUGCAAUCUGGCCUGGUCCAAGCACUCCUCGGAGCUGGUCUCCACGCACGGCUACUCGCAGAACCAGAUCCUCGUGUGGAAGUAUCCCUCGCUGACGCAGGUGGCCAAGCUGACGGGUCACUCGUAUCGAGUGCUCUAUUUGGCCCUCAGUCCCGAUGGCGAGGCCAUUGUUACGGGUGCCGGCGACGAAACGCUGCGGUUUUGGAACGUAUUCAGCAAGGCACGCAGCCAAAAGGAGAACAAAUCGGUGCUGAAUCUGUUUGCCAACAUCAGAUAGGGACAAUAAACCAAGGACCGAAGACUGAGCGAGGCGCCAAAGGCAACACAAAACACACAAGAGAACUAAAUACUAAAAUAAAUACUAAAAACUGAAAACUAAAACCAACAAUCAAGCAACCAACAACCAACCAGCAAACCAAGCAGAAAGCCGAAAUUCUAUAAAUAUAUUUAUACAAAGAAUCCUUGUUCAUCAUUCGUUAGUAAAUUUUAGUUACCAACAGCAGCAAUAGUUUAAACCAAUUUAAGUUAAGUAUUUCUGUAUAGAACGGAUAUUAGCAACAUUUAUAUAAGAAAAAAACACAUAAAAUUUAUGAUAAAAGAAGAACAUCUAUAAUGGCUGAAACAAGAACUGAAAACUAAGUCUUUAUAGGCCCAUAUAUAUGCAAAUUGUAACUAAUUGGAACACAACAACAACACACACACACAAACACACGCACUACUAAUAUGCAAUCGAAAUUUUUUUGUUGCUUUUCUAUUCAUGUAUUUUGUUUAGUACACUACACUUAAGGCAAUUGAUACAUAUAUAUAUUUUUUUGCUAGCCUAUAAGUAACUAACUUUAUUUCAAGCAAUCAUUUAAUUCCUUUUUCACACUCAUGCAAAAAACACUAUGUAUAAUAAAUAAAUUUAUACAAUUUCAAAA